GUGUACUGAUUCUGUCGUGGAUCGUUUUGUAGUCAUUGUCAUUAGCAGUAUAGCGCUUCUCUGUCACCUUAUGUAUUGCGGAUUUUGAUAUACGAAAAAACUUUUUUGAAAUAAACUUUACAUGUACAAAGUAGCCUACCGUGAACAACUUGUUUCCGAGAAGAAAACCUCCAUUGCAAUAUGACGACUCAAAUCAACCAGAGUGAUUUGAUAGAGUACCGUACGAAUUUACUACAGAGGUUGGAGGAGUUGCGGUACAAGCGAAAAGAAUGUAAUGAUUUACGAAAUCAAGUAGAAAAAUCUUUGGCAGAUAAACUGCAUGCUGAGCAGGAUUUAGAAGAAAUCAAAACAAAGCUCCAGAACACGGAACAGAAAAACGAACAGCUUUUAAUUGAAUUGAAACAAACGUCGGCGUCUGUAACCGAAACUAAAUAUAAGGAAGAAAACGAAAAACUAAAGGAAUCAUUGGAAACGGCAGAUAAAACUGUUUCUGGUCUAAAAAAGGAACUUAGUUUGAUGAGUCUGGAAAGACAUCAUUUGGAGAUCAAUUUAAAACAAGCAGAACAAAAAGCAUCUUCUAAAGUAACUUCCACAAGCGCCGUUAUUGAACGUCUGAAAUCGAUUGAAUUGACGACAGAAAAAUUGUCGAAGUUAUUGCAAGAGUCCACAGCCGCUCAAACAUUGCUUCGAAAGAACGUAGAAUCUUCGAAAACUAUGAAUAGAGAAUUAGUUCGUGUAUGCGCACAUGGAACAUGUUUAAUCAAUGAAUACAAGCGGGAGAAUGACGAUCUUCAAAAGCGGCUUCUAGAGCAAGAAUCGCGAUAUCGUUUACAAGCACAUGAUGGAGAAUUGAGCGACAAAGAAAAGAUUUUGACUAGCCAGAUAUCAGAUAUGGAAAACGAAAUUCAAUGUCUUGAAGAUCAAAAUAUGAAGCAAAAACAAACCAUACACGAUUUGCGUUGUCGUCUUCUAGAUGCAGAAAAUUGUAGGACCGAUGCAUUGAAGAUCGUCGAACUAAAAAAAGGAGACGAUAAAGACGUAGUAGAAUUGCAACGACGAUUGGAAUUAUUUGAAAAUACCAGUCUAGAACUGGAAAAUACGAACAGUGAUUUGAUGGACAAGGUAGAGAAAAUGAAAGCUGAACACGGAGAAGAGAUAUCGCAAGUAAAAAUGGAGGCAAAGCAAUCGGAAAACGAAAUGAAGAAGCAGAUUGAAACCUUAAAAUCAGAACUAAUUGAAGCAGAAAAAAAUAUUGUAAACACAAAAAGCGAACUGUCAAAACAUAUUGACACGGAACGGGAUAUGAAAGAGCUUAGAGUGAGAUUUGAUUCGCUGGAAAACGACAAACGUAUUUAUUGUGAGGAAUCAAUGAAAUUAGGAGAAGAAAACAAAUCUUUGAUGGAAAAACUUGAAAAUUUGAGCAAAGAAAUUUCUAAGAAUGAAAACAAAAUAGAUAAAGCCUGCUAUGAUCAAGAAAGUCAGACAGAGAGUGUGACUGAAUCUUCUAAAAUGGAAGCUGGCUUAUUAAAGGAGAGCACAGUUACAAUUCUACCUGACCUAUGCUCAAAUGUAAACAGCCAGACUUCUACACACACCCGAGAACAACCGAAUUCCGCGACGGAUACCGGAAUUACUAAACAGAAUCUGAUUUUAAAAAAUAAAAUAGGGGAUACAGUAUUGAAUGAUAAUUCAGAAAUGAUGCAAAAACAGGUUGAGAUGGGAAACGAUUCUGCAACAGAAGUUUCGAAGGAACAUUUGUUGAUUGAUUUGAAUAAAUCGAAACAAGUAGUAACUUCGUGUUCGGAGGAGAUUUCAGGAGAUACAAAACCAUUUGUACAGUUUCAUACUGGGAUAAACGAAACACUGGAAAGUAAGGAUAAAGAAAAAAUAUCGAAUUCCGAAAGUAUUGAAACCAAUAAUUCUACAAAAAUUGUCUUCAAAAAUGUAGACAGUACCGUUACGUCGAAAACGAAUUCGGAAAAUUCUGACUCGCAUGGUAGGAAAAUAAAAUUUCAAGUUCCAUUUACUGAACAGCAACACCAUGCAACAGACUCUGAAAUUUUGCAUCCUGAAGUUGUGGAGAGUAAUAACGAUUUUCGAAACGAAACAGAGAAAAUUGAAGCUAUUGAGCAUGUUGGCGAAGAUAGCAACAAGCGUUACAUUACCGACGUUGAGGAUAAUGAAACUAAACAGCCCUGUUCUUAUACCACUCGAAAAAUUUUCAAUAAAAAUUCAGAUUCGACAAAUUUCGAUCAAGAUUCGACGGUUUCUCGUCGGAAUUUAGCAAAGAAAAGGAAACUUUCUAGUACUCCACCAAUGUUAGACAAUUCUUCGCAAUGCAGUCAAAUAGACACCGCUCCAAUUUUGAAGCAAUUGCCGCUAAGAUCGAUCAAAAAUUUUACAAAGCAAGUGAUGUCCAAUAAGCCGCAACCAAAGCAGCCAAUUGUUCGCUACAAACCUCUGGAUAUGAUACCCAACACCGGUGAUACAGGAUACGCAGACGAAAAUGAUUUUCAAGAAACGAUUGUUCACCAAGAAUACGCCCCGAGUCUGAAAGAGUCACGACACAGGCCAUACACUCAAACUCGUUUUUCUGAAGAUUAUGUUUGUCUCAAGGAAAGGCUAGCGACUAAAUUUUUAAAGCACCCAAUUUCGAGAAAAGAAUCGCCAUCUCGACAAAUACCAGACGCACUAGUAUCCGGCACAUCUGGAGGAUUUUCUUUGGGUUUUCGAUGUCGAAAUGACCCUAGGAAAUCUGGUUUCGUUCCGGCUAGCGAUGACGACGACGCAUUAAUUGAAAUUUGCGAGUCUGAUGAUUCACUAUGACGUCAUAAUUAUUUUUAUAAACGA